CUCGUCUGACAUGCUAUCUCUUCCAAGCGAAGGAAAGAUAGGGCACUUGUAUGGCGCGGCGACACGGCAUAAAGUCGCUUGUCACAUUGCUCACUGCGGUUGCCUUCAGCGAUUGGGGUAGCGCAGUGCGCACAUCUCCAUCACAGAAGAAUGUCGUUCCGGCAUUCGACAAGGAAGCCCGCACAAUAGCGCCCGAUGACAAAGCCUGCGAGCUGCCCCACGAGUGGUGCCGCUCUCCCGGGGCGGUGCUCAAACGCGCCGACUGCGACGACGACGGCGUAGCCGACUGGGUCUGCAUAGACCCAACAGGCCCGGACCCGACCACCGCCGCAGGCGGCGGUGCAGCCGCAUCCGGAGGCGCCGGAGGCGCCGGAGGCGGAGCCGGAGGAGUGCGGAGCGUGACCAACGUGUCGCUGUCGGGGGAUGUGGGCGUGGGCCGGCGCGGCGCCAUCACUUCGGGCAAGGGCUGCGACCCGGCUGCCAGCGGCUGGCCCAGUGCGCCCAAGAAGCUGUGCCCGGAGGUGUUUGGAGGCCCGGACGAGUGCGAGCAGCCGGACGACUGGUGCGUGCACCCCGCCAUGAGCCUGGGCCGAGUGGACUGCGAUGGCGACGGCAUCCUAGACCUGGUGUGUUCAGAUGCCGAGGGCAACCGGGGCCUGCUGCUCUCCGGCAGCUCCCCGCCCUGCGACAGCGAGCAGGACGGCUGGAGCCUGGCGCCCCGGGAGUGGUGCCCGGGGUACUUCGUGGACGUGCGUGUGUGCCCUGGACCCGCCUGGUGGUGCACCCACACGUCUGCGGUGUUGCAGCAGGCGGACUGCGACGGGGACGAAAUCCAGGACUGGGUGUGUUCCGACGACCGCGGCCGCCGCGGCGCCAUCAUGUCCAGUCAGCACUGCGGCGCAUGGGACGGCGCCACCGGCUGGCCGGACGCGCCCGCCGCCUACUGCCCCUCCUACUUCAAGGGCCCGCCCUGCCUGCGGCCCGAGUGGUGGUGCGAGUCGGACGACGAUGAGUUGACCAUGUUUGACUGCGAUGAAGACGGUAACUUGGACUUUGUGUGCGUCAACAAGCCACGGGGCCAGCGCGGCGUGAUGCUGGCAGACGCGCGCUGCAACGCCUUUGACAACGGCACGCACUGGCCCGCAGCGCCCGACUCCAUGUGCCCAGGCUUCUUCGCCGCAGAAGCUGCAAAGCAAGGAGCGAAGUUGCAAGUUGGUAAAGCGCUCGUGAAGGACGCGAGCGAGGUUUGAGUGCAGAAUACGGCGGACCGGCGGAACGAAGGUUCGGAGUCAAGAGCUGUCCAUUGUGUGAGCCAAAUCCUCCACAGCGCAACGUGUUGAUGGGGAAGCACUCUUACAGCGGCUGGCGCCAAUGAGGAGUAGACGGGUGUAGUAAUUUUAUGAAGAAGGUGCCGGGUCAGCCAGCCCCGGUCGUGCAAAGGGAGCACGAGUGGCCGGCUGGUUGGCUGGCUGAGUGGCUGUGUGGCUGAGCCCGCCUGUGGAGAUUGAUGCGGAAAACCUAGUGCCGAUGGUGGUGUGUUUACACGGUGUGCCGCGGUGAAGUCAGGGCCCCGUGUGACAGGCCCGACAACCCCGGACAUAAUGCUCUCGCAAUGGCUGACAUGUGGGCGGGUGCCCACGGAGUGCGCGAUGCAAGGCGAUGGCAACCCAUCGCUAGGGCGGGCUAACCCCCCGCCCUAGCGAUACGGAGACAAAGCCGUAGUCAACCUCAAGUACGCAUCCUCAAGCAGUGGAACAAACAAGGAGGUGGCUGCCUUAUGUGCCUUAUGUGCCUAACGUGAUCCGUGUGCUCCUCCUGCUGAAGCUGAUGGGCUUCGAGCGGCCGAUCAAGCUGCAGCGGCCGCCAUGGCCGCCGGCGGCGGCGGGGCCGGGCUGAGAGCCUGAACGGCGCUAGCAGGGCGUGGGGCUGAGGGUGCACGUGUUGAUUGGCGGCGAGUGACGUGACUAGUUUGUUAGCUGCGGGUUAGCACGGACUGUGCACCCCACCCAACCGGCCACGUCCGGAUUUGCGGGGAUGCCAAAGGCCCCCAACAUAGAGGCGUGUGCUUAGUAGGCGCCCGCGUCAAGGUGGCUGGGUUGAUAACGACCCGGGAUCAGCCCUUUUCCUGCCAUAAGGCAGCCACCUCCUUGUUGUGACCGGUUUCUGCCAGGUUCAAGGGUCCCAGCUUCGCUGGUCACAAAAAAGCUGCAACGGCGCGCAGGCUGACGAGCUUGCCGGUGUUGCUUUGGUUAGGGGUCUGCAGCAGGUGAAUGGAGCGUGUAGUAAGCAGCAGCAGACUGCAUGAGACAGCAGUAGUUUGCUGCUGUUCUGUUGUGCUUGGGCCUGUAGCUUGCGGCACCUGGCAGGCACUGCCUGUACCAACCGACCCUGGCUAUGUCCGGGAGAUGAGGCAUUUCGGAGGACAUUAUGCCUCAGAGGCUGACACGUUUAGGUGCGGUGUGGGCCCAGCCCACACUUUUCCCCUGUUGAGGACAACUGCCCCU